ACCCCAGGCUGGAUGGAUGGGUCUACACAUCGUUCAAAUUGGAAAUCACAACGCCACUCCUCUAACCUUUAUCCAAACAUGAUUCAAUUAACUGUAACAAACACCAAUGUUGUCGCCCUCCAAUAAUAAUACAUGGGGUCUAUUUCUCCCAAUCUCUAUGUUCAACACAAAGCUACAGAGCCAAUGCUUCUACAGACACUUAUCUCACCGUGGAAAUCUUUUGAACCUAAAUUAACACAAAGUGAGCGUGUUUCCUAAGUAGGACAUUCAGCACAGUCACAUCGAGUCACAUCGGGUUGGCCAAUCAAACACCGUCUGUCUCUGAAGAGUGGGGAAAGUAUUGAGAUCCUUUUCAUUCAACACAAGAAUUUGAACACAAUGACAUCUCCAAGGUUUGCAGUCUAUGUGACAUGGUUGUUCUUGUGGAAAAUUGCUCAUGCAACUGAUAUGACUGUGCGUCAAGAGAGACGUUUUGCGUCUGUCAAUGUUGGAGAAAACAUUACGUUGCAAUGUUUCCAUCAGAAUACAGGUAGAAUAUGGCUUCACUGGUAUAAACAAAUGCUGGGACAACAACCAAAGAUGAUGUCCACCUUCUAUCAGUUUAACAAAAAUGGCACUUUUCAUCAUGAAUUCAAGAACAAUCCACGCUUCACACUGGAUACGGAAAAAGGUCAAAAUCACUUGACAAUUUUGGAUUUAAAAAUGUCAGACUCAGCAACUUACUACUGUGCACAGAGCACUUCGUAUGCGUUGACUUUUCCCGAGGGCACUGUGGUCAGUGUGCAGGGUUCAGGUUGGACCGUCCCAGCUUUGCUCCAUCAGUCACCAUCAGAGACCAUCAAGCCAGGAGGCUCUGUGACUCUGAACUGUACAGUACAAACUGGGACCUGUGAUGGACAACACAGUGUUUACUGGUUCAAAGACUCUGAAGAAUCUCAUCCAGCACUCAUUUACACUGAUGGAGGCAGCACUGAUCAGUGUGAGAGGAAACCCAACACACAAACACACACCUGUGACUACAACCUGCCGAUGGAGAGCCUGAAUCUGUCUCAUGCUGCAACCUACUACUGUGCUGUUGCCUCGUGUGGACACAUUCUGUUUGGAAACAGCACUAAACUGGAUAUUGAGGACGUGGACGACCAUCUUAACCUGGUGUGUUUAUUGAGUGGAGCUUUGGUAUUCACCACCAUCCUGGUGGUUUUACUGUUUUCUUUGGUCUACAAGCUGCAAAAAAAAAAGAGCUGUCAAUGUUUGGAGUCUCGCGCAGCUGUAUCACCUCCCUCCUCAGGAAACACAGAGGGUUACCAAAAAGCACAAAGCCCUCAUUAUGCUGCUUUAAAUCUCAAUCUGCCCAACGGAUCAAGGAGGCAGAAGAUGAACAUCGAUGUUGAAUGUGUGUACUCCAGCGUAAAGCAGGACGUACAGCACAGAGUCACAUCGAGUUGGCCAAUCAAACACAGUCUGUCUCUGAAGAGUGGAAAAAGUAUUGAGAUUCUCUUCAUUCAAUACAAGAAUUUGAACACGAUGACAUCUCCAAGGUUUGCCAUCUAUGUGACAUGGUUGUUCUUGUGGAAAAUGGCUCAUGCAGCUGAUCUAAAAUUGUCGUCACCUGAACGUCAAGAAAGAGGUUUUAUGUCAGUCGAUGUUGGACACAAAAUUACUCUGCAAUGUUUCUAUCAGAAAAAUGAUGGAUCAUGGCUUAACUGGUAUAAGCAAACAUUGGGACAAAAACCCAAGCUGAUCUCCACCUUCUAUGAGUUUAACAAAAAUGGCACUUUUCAUCAUGAAUUCAAGAACAAUCCACGCUUCACACUGGAUACGGAAAAAGGUCAAAAUCACUUGACAAUUUUGGAUUUAAAAAUGUCAGACACAGCAACUUACUACUGUGCAUUUAGCACUUCAAAUGUGUUGACUUUUGCAGAGGGCACUGUGGUCAGUGUCCAGGGUUCAGGUUGGACCGUCCCAGCUUUGCUCCAUCAGUCCCCAUCAGAGACCAUCCAGCCAGGAGGCUCUGUGACUCUGAACUGCACAGUACAAACUGGGACCUGUGAUGGACAACACAGUGUUUACUGGUUCAAAGACUCUGAAAAAUCUCAUCCUGCACUCAUUUACACUGAUGGAGGCAGCACUGAUCAGUGUGAGAGGAAACCCAACACACAAACACACACCUGUGACUACAACCUGCCGAUGGAGAGCCUGAAUCCGUCUCAUGCUGGAACCUACUACUGUGCUGUUGCCUCGUGUGGACACAUUCUGUUUGGAAACGGGACCAAACUAAAAAUUGAGGAAGAGGGCGACCAUCUUCUCCUGGUGUAUUUACUGAGUGGAGCAUUGGUAUUCACCACCAUGCUGGUGGUUUUACUGGGUUUUCUGGUUUACAGGCUAAACAAGAAAAACAUCUGUCAAUGCUCAGAGUCUCAAGCAACCGUAUCAGCUCCCUCCACAGGAAACACAGAGGGUUACCGAAACGCACAGAGCCCUCAUUAUGCUGCUUUAAAUCUCAAUCUGCCCAACGGAUCAAGGAGGCAGAAGAUUGAUGUUGAAUGUGUGUACUCCAGCGUAAAGCAUUAGAUCGUAUUUUAAAUGUGAAAAAAAUGUUGGUGUAUAAAUUGUUGUAUUCAAGCAUUUAUAAGGUCUUAAUUGGGUGUCUUGUUGAUUGUUAAAGUUGCAGAGCUGUGAGAAGCAUCAGGUUCUACUACCAGACCAUCAUAGGAGUAUGUCCAUCUUACUUUCAGCAUCAUAGUAUUACAUCUUUCAGACGUUUCAUAUUGUCAGUGUUCAUCACGGAAACAGAGUAAAGAGGCUUGUUGAGAAAACAUUUCUGAACUGAAAAUUGCAAUAUCCAUUUUUCUAAGGAAAUCUUGUAUGCCAUUUGCUGCACGGUAAACAAGGACGUGUAUUACAUCCCUUUUUUAAGACCUCCAGAGACCUUUAGUCAAUUCAAAGCUUUUUCUUAAUUCAAACUGAAAACUGAUAAAACAUGACGUUUCAUAAACGGUCGCCUGCACACACCUAAACCACACCUGGAGCUGUGAAAGGCUCCUCACAGGAAGCCGACUGGUCCUGUCAUCCCCUGUGAUUGUCUUAUCGAUUCCACCUGUGUCCAAUCACCUGCACCUCCCUAGUGUA